UCUCUCUCUCUCUCCCCACGUCCCUCCCGUCCCCCUCCUCUCUCUCUCUCUCUCCGGUACUCCUCCACUGGCGGUUCAAUAUGCCAAGAAAGAAGUCAGCCAAGCCCCUGCUCCUCGUAGGAGACCGCCACCGCGAGGAAGACGACGAAACCCAUGGAGGUUGCGACGACGAUGACGACGAUGACGAGCCACCCCCCUCCGAUCCCAUCACUUGCCUCAGCCUCCUCAAGCACGACUGUUCCAAGCCCGUGGAGAAGCUGUCGGAGGCGUACGGACGGUGGCGGGAGGAGAGGAGGACGAGCGCGUGGCGGAUGGAGCGCCAGCUUCGCGCGCGGUGGACACUCGACCAACUGAUCGACUCGGAGCUCGCCCGCUUCGACGCCCACUUCAACCGAUCCAUGCUCCCUGCCCGUCCCCGCGACGUCGGCCGCCUCCUCCUGGCCCCCUGGAAGCUCCCCUUGGAGAACGCCGCCCUCUCCUGGCUCGGCGAUUGGCGCCCCUCCGCCAUCCUCUCCCUCAUCCCCGUCCUCGCCGCCAACUCCGCCCUCCUCCCCCUCUCCCCCCGCGCCCUCCGCGCCCUCGCCGAGGCCGCCCGCCGCAUCCGCGUCCACGAGGCUGUCCUCGAAGAGGAGGCCGCCGAGUACCAGACCACCUGCGUCCUCGAUCUCCCCUUCGGCCGCCGCCGCGGAACGGGCGGCGGCGGUGGUGCUGCGAGAGCGGCUGCGGCGGAGGUGAGAAAGAUGCAGAGGGUUGUAGAGCGGGCGCAGCGGCUGAGGUUUCGGGCGCUGGAGGUGGCCGUGAAGGGAGUGCUCGACCGGACCCAGGCGGCGGAGUUCUUGGUGGCCUUCGCCGGGAUUCAGGAGCUGGUCCACCGCCAGGCCGCCCGCUGGAGGGCCCGGACCGGUCCGGUCUCCAUCACCCUCCAUGCCUUAACUGCCGCCCGCUGAGCCGCCUCUCCGGACUCCGGACCGGGUCCGGCUUCGCAUGUUCUUCUGGUCCUUUCGUUCUUUCUUCUCUUCUUCCAAAUUCUGGUCUCGUUUGUAGCACAGGGUUUCUUCCAAAUUCUGGUCUCGUUUGUAGCACAGGGUUGUUGUGAGGAGUAUGGCGAACGAGACGUAUAUCGAGGAAUCCUUCCUUAGAUGGAUACCAAGAUCUUGGAGGUGGUUGGUCCAUUGGAUCAGUCCUCGUCCAUUUCAUGUCGCAUAUUCUCUAUUACACUAUUUGCUUCAGUUCUUGUGCACGUAACGCUUGGCUUCCUUCUUUUUCUAGUAGUCGCGCAUAUUCAAAUUGUAUUUUGGACCAUGCAGUAGUUUUAAUAUUAUGAGCAUCAUUUUAGGAGGAAUUAUUGGCCACACUGGAGCACGCCACUAAUCCCAAGAUGC